UACAAUGCGAGUGCUCUAUCUUGUAUUUCUAGUAUUUUGCCUUACUUACCGCAUUGCAUCGUCUUUUGCAAUAACGGCUUUUCAGAAGAAAUCAACAAUAAUUUAAAUAGCAGUUAUUAUAUUAAGCCGUUUUUUUCAUUGAAAUGGGUGUUCCUAAGUUCUAUAGAUGGAUCAGCGAACGAUAUCCUUGUCUCAGUGAGGUGGUCAAGGAAAAUCAGAUUCCUGAAUUUGAUAACCUUUAUUUUGAUAUGAAUGGCAUUGUUCAUACAUGUUCUCAUCCAGACGAUGGAAAUGUUCAUUUUAGAAUCACAGAAGAAAAGAUAUUUAGUGACAUAUGCCAUUACAUUGAGGUGUUGUUCCGAUUGAUCAAACCAAGGAAGGUAUUUUACAUGGCUAUUGAUGGUUGUGCCCCUCGGGCUAAAAUGAACCAACAGAGAGGACGCCGGUUUAGGACUGCAAAAGCAUCGGAGGAACAAGAGAAGCAAGCUUUAGCAAAAGGAGAGAAAUUACCGGAUGAGAAGCGCUUUGACUCAAACUGCAUCACACCAGGUACACCAUUCAUGGUGCGACUUCACAGUCAUCUGCAGUAUUUCAUAUCCCAAAAGGUCUCUUCUGACCCCCUUUGGCAGAAUAUUAGGAUCUACUUGUCAGGCCAUGAGACCCCAGGUGAAGGAGAACACAAGAUCAUGGAUUUUAUUCGCAGCGAAAAAAGUGAUCAAAAUUAUGAUCCUAAUACACGGCAUUGUUUAUAUGGUCUAGAUGCAGAUUUGAUUAUGCUUGGCCUUAUCACUCAUGAGCCUCAUUUCUCAUUGUUACGAGAGGAAGUGCGGUUUGGUAAGCAGGCAGAAAAGAAGCGCCCAACAUCAGCCGAAGAGACCACAUUCCAUCUACUGCAUCUGUCUCUGCUUAGAGAGUAUCUAGAUGCUGAGUUUGAGCCUUUAAAGAAAUUUGAGUGGUAUGAUCUGGAGAAUGUGAUUGAUGACUGGGUGUUCAUGGGCUUCCUUGUUGGGAAUGACUUUGUUCCACAUUUGCCUGAUUUGCAUAUUAACCAUGAUGCUUUGCCAUUGCUUUUCAAAUCUUACAUGGAAGUUGGUUCCGAUUUGAAGGGGUUCAUAAAUGAGGGUGGCGAGUUGAAUUUAGAGAGACUUGAUAUAUACCUUCAGUAUCUCUCCAAGUUUGAUAGAGAAAAUUUUGAGAACAUAUUUGUGGACUACAGCUUUUUAGAAAGUAAGAAGGGCAGUGAAGAUGCAUGGAAAAGUAAAAGAGUAGAAGAAAAGAAGAAAGUACUAAGAAAGAAGGAAAAUGGGAAUGCAUUUGAACUGAUUGCUGUUGAAAGAGCAGAAGCAGCUGCAGAAGUUGACUUCUUUGGAAAGGAGAUUCCAAAGCCCCAAGUUGCAGAGGAUGGUGCCGAAAAUGACCAAGAACUCUCUUCAGAUGAGGUUUUUGAGAAAGAGUUUUUAUUACACAAGCAAGAUUAUUACAAAAAUAAGUUUGAGAUGGAAACUGUAACAGAAGAACGUCUAGAGCAGCUUGUGAAGGACUAUGUGGAGGCCCUGCAGUGGAUAUUGUAUUACUAUUAUAAUGGUGUUCAAUCUUGGGCCUGGUAUUACCCACAUCACUAUGCACCGUAUAUGUCAGAUCUGAAGAAUAUCAGGCAUCUGAAGUUCACCUUUGAGAAAGGGAAACCCUUUCUACCAUUUCAACAGUUACUUGGUGUCCUACCAGCCGCCAGCAGAGAACUUCUACCAGAGUGCUUCCAGAAACUAAUGAUCAUGGACAACUCGCCCAUUAUAGACUACUAUCCUUUAGACUUUAAAACAGAUCUUAAUGGGAAACAACAGGACUGGGAAGCAGUUGUGCUGAUUCCAUUCAUAGAUGAGAAACGUUUGUUGUCAGCGAUGGACUCUGUAGCUAAUCAGAUGACCAAAGAGGAGCGUGGUCGCAAUCAACACGGUCCACACCUACUGUUUACGUAUGAUGUCAACCUUCAUGAUGUUUACCGUUCAGCUCUCCCAAAGGAAUUCCCUGACAUCGACCCAUGCAGAGCCAGACGUACAGAGAUUCCAAUGAAUAAAUUUGAGAUUCCAAUAGAAAAGAUUAGAAAAGGGUUGUGUCCAGAAGUGCGUUUGGGUGUUUAUUUUCCUGGCUUUCCCACUCUACAUCAUUUGGAAUACACAAGUAAAAUCAAGAACGUAGAAGUGAAAGUAUUUCAGCAAGUAAGUCGAGGAGACAACAUGAUAUUGACCAUUAAAAACACUCAAUCUGAAAAGGAUAUUAAUGAACUUGCAGUGGAUUAUCUGGGGCAGCAUGUUUUUGCCGAGUGGCCUCACCUGAUAGAAGUCAAAGUUGUAGAAAUUGCUAACGACAAAGUCAGGUUUAGGCUAGUUGAAGAACGAGGAAAAUCAGCAAGAAUUGAGAAACAGCCGAUGACUGACCAGGAUAUGACAGCCUGGGUUAAGGAAAUAAAGUGCAUUAAGGAAUUGUACUUAAAGCGAAAAGGUGUUGAUAUUGGUGCAACCUAUAUUCUUGUUUAUGCCAAGCCCAUGAUGGGAAGAAGGUAUACGUGCAGUUCACAAGGGAAAGUGACAUUGGAGAAGGAGUGGGGAGAGUUGCCAGUUGCCUAUGCACACCAUAUGCUGGUAAAGGAUAUAUCUGUACAUGACCCAACAUUUCAGCAGUUUAAGACAUUGGAUGAACUGUUUCAAGUUGGGGCCUCGUGCUGCAUGUUAGGCUCACCACAUUAUGGACAUAUGGCUAAAGUAGUUCAAGUGGUUGAUGGUCGAAUUAGAAUUGAGAUGAAUGUCCCAGUUGAACCAGACUUUCAGUCAAUUAUAAGCAGACAACAGAAUUAUGAACAACAGUACUUUCCUGGCUACCGGAUGGCACAGCGUCUUGGAGUGACAGGGUUUGUUCUUUCACGCAUCACUGGUUCUGUUUUCGUAGUGGCUGAUGGUGGAAGGAGACUAAAUGUAGGCCUCAAUUUAAAAUUCAAUCGCACAAACCAAGAAAUACCAGGCUUCAGCCGCAAGGACACUGAACAAGGCUGGACCUACUCUUCUCAGGUUCAGCAAAUACUUGUUCAGUAUAUGAGAAUGUUUCCUGAGUUAUUCCGUGUGCUUAGUCAACGGCCAAACGGUGAUAGUUAUGCCGAAGAUGAAAUUUUUGGUGAUACUCCGCGGUUGAACGAAUUGAAAGAUUGGCUUGAUAAACAAGAGUGCAUGAAAGUGUUGCGAGUAAAGAGCGGAGUUAAACAACUUGAUGAACCAGUAAUUAAUUUACUUGAAGCAGAAGUACAGGAGAUUAAGGAGAAAAAACCAACAAAAACCUGUUUGUCUGUGAGGCCCCAUUUACUAUUCCUGAGCAUGCAGAAAAUGGGUAACUUGAUUCCAGAUCCAAAUGGAACGUAUGAGUUAUUUGAUCGUGUUAUAAACGUUCGGCAAGGAUACACUGUUCCCUUAGGAAUGCGGGGCACUGUAGUUGGCAUCCAGCCAGGUGAACGUAUUAUAGACACAUUAUACGAUGUCGUAUUUGAUGAAGAGUUCAGUGGUGGAUUUUGUAUUCGUUGUACUGGUAGUCGUGGUUACAGAAUGCCACCCACAAGUCUUAUAAGUCUUUCACAUGGUCUGCGUAAAGGUGGAUCAGAAGCUAAACCAACAGCAGUUGUCAAGCCCGUUAAUCAGCCUGAGCACACAAGACAUCGAGGAUGGUAUGAUAAUGCUAUCGCCAAAAUAGGUGUCAAUAUGUCACAGUCUUCCAGCUUUAGAGAUGCACAGACAGCCAGGAAAAACUCAAGUUCCACGGUACAGAACCAACAACCUAGGAGAAAGGAUGUCCCACAAAAUGAUUCCAAUCAACACAAAUUAACUAAAGGUAAAUUAGGGCAAAAUUCAUCUUCCAAGAGCACAGUACCUCAAUUAGGCCAACCUGUUGGAAAGUUUACUAUACUACCAAGAAAGUCAACCCACCAAGAACAUGUGACACAAAACAGUGAUACCAGAAAUGUUUGUGGCAACAAUUCAACACAUCACAAGCAACCUGACGAUCAAAAGGAGUUUGCUAACAUAUGGAAACAAUUACAACAAUCUGAAAAACUACCUGUUGCCAGUGCAUCAGCAGGUGUGCCUUCAUCGUCAUCAACAACAACACUUGCUGGGAACAUGUCGCCAAAAGUUACACUGUCACCUGUAGUUGCAAUGGACACUAGUGUUAUCACCAAUGUUACGCAGGAUGAAAGCAUUGACGAUACCUUGGAUGGUAGCUGCAAACAGACCAAGGAUGCCCACGAGGUGCAAACCAACAAGGAAAUGUAUUUGCAGAAAGGAACAGAAGACCUAUGUCGGUUGUUAAACAUCAAUCAUAUUGCUAGCAAACCAGUAUCUCAACCUCCAAAAAAGACACCUGUUACCCCACAAUCAUACGGAAAGCAAAUCAAUGUAUCUCAGCUCUUUGCAGUUGUAGAUCUUGCUCAAUCUGAGCCAUCUAAACCUGAACUGCUAAGUCCAGCAUACUUCUCAUCACCACCUCAAGAUAAUUCUCACAAGCCUGGACAUCCUCCAGUCAAUUCCCAUUUGGCUGGGCCACCUCAGACCCAUUCCCACAAUGCAGGGCCUAAUUCCCAGCAGAAACCUAUCAUCCAAACUGGUGCAGUACCAAGGUAUGCAACUCCAGGGAUUGGACAAUUCACACAAAUUCCUCAAGGCCAAAUAAUCUACCAGCCUCAACCUACACAUCCUGGCACUCAGACAGGCUUUAAUCAACGUAGACAGAUAUACCCAGCCAACCCACAUAUGCAGCAGCCUCGUGUAAAUCAGUACCAAUGGAGUGGUGGCAAUCAGACUAGGGGAACUGGUCACAUGCAAGGACAUUAUCAAGGCUACCGACAGCCAAUGUACAUGCUGAACAAUACUGCAAAUAUUCCAGCGCCAGUCAGAAUGCAUCAUCAAUUUCCAAACCCUUCUCAUCAAAAUUACCAGCGGAAUCCUGGAUAUAGAGGUGCAGUUCCACAGCCACGAGGGCCUCCUACAGGUCCAAAUCAACCCACAUGGAUUAGGGUACCCACUCCUAAUCAGAAUGCCUCUCUUGCUACACCAAACACGUUCAUACCGUUGCAGGUUACUAAGCAGAUGACACCAACCAAGUCACCCAUUACGCCACAGAUAGAACUUAACAAGAAUCCUGAUAUGAAAUUGGAAGAAGUAACCGCACCAAAGCCAACUGAAAUAAACUUAAUAUCAAACGCAGAUGAUGCUAAUUCUUGUGUUCAAAGUAAAUCAGAACAGACAAAACCAAUUGUUGAUGUCAUAAAAGGUAGACAACAGAGGAAAUCCAGACAUAGAAAAAGUGGUGUUAAGUUAGCAAUUAAUUUUACUGGAAAUUGAGUAGAUGAUGGUAAUGUGAAAUCUGAGCUAAUUCUGUAGCAUGCAAACUGAAGAAUUUAAGCUAUGGCUAUAUACUAAUAACCUAGGUAAUAAUAAUAACACAGGAAUUUAUACAGCGCCUUAAAAAAAUUGAAAUAAUAUGUUAAGGUAAGCAUGCAGGAUGGAAUAAGAGAAAAAAAUGUUAAAUAUGUUCAUUAUGAAAAAAGGAAAGGGUAAUACUGAAGCAGGCAGUUUUUGAAAGGCAGUGGCUAUUGUUACACCAGUUUUAAACCAAUUUUGAAUUAUGAUUGGAUGUUAUUGUGUGUAUUGAUUGGAUUAGGACAAUAACAUCCAAUUAGAAUUAAGACUGGUGUAACAAUAGUUAUUGCCUAUUUAAAAAUGAAAUAGAAUACACUGUAGUAUGGAAUAUAAAGUAUUGGCUUGGUGUACAAUAGAAUAAUUUUUUUUAGGUCUGUUGCUUCUUCAGGAAGCUGUGUAAGGCGAUCCUGGUAGGGGACAUGCAUAAUGUUAGUAACAGUGCUUGUAUAAAGGAACAAUGUAGUAAACAUCGUACCUGGCCUAUCCCCACUUUGUGAUAUCAAAUGUUUGGAGAAGUGUCUUUGCUGGUUGUAUCUGCAAUAUACCAUCGACCCCAGUGGUCAAGGGUUAUGACACUUGCCCUGACAGCAAGAGGUUGCAGGUUAGAUGCCUGUCUGGGCACUUUUACAAAAAAUUAAGAACUUUUCAAUUGAUAGGCUAUGCUGCAUACAAUGUUUACAUUUAUUUGAGCACUCUUUCUACCAUUAUGUAAUUAUUUAUAUACAUUAAAAAAUAUAUAUAUAU